CCUAUUAUCAAUCACACUUUCUCUCUCUAGCCUCCGCCACUUCACACCAAAAUUCACUUUCAUCCGCUCCACUAAUAAUAGUGGUAUACUAUCAACAAUCACUCUAUCUAGGGUUUCCCAGAUUCUGAAGACCUUCCUUUAUGUUAUUUUACCAUGAUUACUCUUAAAAAUUGAGUUUUUUUUGUCUGGAUUCGAUGGGAUUCCGAUCUACUGCCAUAUUCUCUUUCAUCCGAUUUUAUUAACUAUUCGAUCUGUUAAUCAUUUGAUCCGCUCUACUUUUUCACAUUUGAUUUUUUCAAUCGAAUAAGCUUGUGAAAUCCUUUAUUGCGAAAAUGGCGACGGAUCUGUAUCUCGACGUGUACUUUUGAGGUUCGACCAGUCAGCUUCUUUGAGCUGAUGUUAUGCAACAGUUUCUUGAGGUCUGUAAAUCGUUGGGCGGGACAUAUUGGGAGAUACUCUAACGUCAGGCAGUUAAACUAUAUCAGUGGAGGUUUGAAUACCAGUCGCUCCUUUGCUUAUUUGUGGAAUCGUGAGUUUGGAAGAACGAGAAAGAUGAUGGUGGAUUCUGGUGCAACUUCUAAAGGAUCUAUAAUUGAUAUUUUACCCGAGAAGGAUGAUGAUGGUAGCUAUGCUAGUGGAGGAUGGAAGAGCGAAGAUGGAAGAUUAAGGUGUGGAUUUUCCAGUUUUAGAGGAAAGAGGGCUACCAUGGAGGACUUCUAUGACAUUAAGGCUUCCAAGAUUGAUGGACAGUCAGUAUGUCUGUUCGGGAUAUUUGACGGUCAUGGUGGUUCUCGUGCUGCUGAAUAUUUGAAGGAACAUCUCUUUGACAAUCUCAUGAAACACCCAGAAUUUUUUAAAAAUCCAAAAUUUGCUAUAAGUGACACAUAUCAGCAGACAGACAGAGACUUUUUGGCAUCUGAAAGGGACACCUUCCGAGACGAUGGCUCAACAGCUUCAACUGCAGUUCUUGUUGGCAAUCACCUUUAUGUUGCUAAUGUUGGAGAUUCUCGAACUAUAAUAUCCAAAGCUGGAAAAGCGAUUCCACUCUCUGAAGAUCAUAAACCAAAUAGAAGUGAUGAGAGGAAGAGAAUUGAAAGUGCUGGAGGUGUUGUUAUGUGGGCAGGAACUUGGAGGGUCGGAGGUGUCUUGGCCAUGUCUCGUGCUUUUGGCAAUCGCAUGCUGAAGCAAUUUGUUGUGGCUGAACCUGAGAUUCAGGACCAAGAGGUUGACCAGGACUUUGAAUUGCUUGUUCUUGCUAGUGAUGGUCUUUGGGAUGUCGUACCUAAUGAGGAUGCGGUUCUGAUAGCUCAAACAGAAGAAGAUCCAGAAGGAGCUGCUCGUAAACUGACAGAGACUGCUUUUGGUCGUGGUAGUGCCGACAAUAUCACCUGCAUUGUCGUCAAGUUCCACCACGACAAAGCAGAUCCUGAAGAACCACCACCAUCACCACCACAGCAGGAUUUUGAGGUCAAACCCGAGUCAGAAGAAACUGAGGAAAACGACAAAGCAGACUCUCCGCCCGAAGAAUGCCAGCAAACUUCGAAAGAAGAGCCCCAUAUAACCCAGCAAAGUUGAUGAACUCUCCGAAGCAUAAAUCUGCAUGAUCUGCAUUAUGCCCGUAUGCUGUCGGUGGUUGUGAUUUGUUCAUUCAUUGGUUUGUUUCUUGUAUUUCUGUCUUUGUAAUUCAAAUGUACUGGAGGUGGUGUUCUUUUAAUUUUAUUUUUUUGGUAAGUUGGUGUAAUUUUUAUUUUAAUAAAGAACUGGCGUUUUUGGUCAUUGACUCGUUGCCAAAAUGAACUCGGUGGAGACUCGGUGGUACUCGGAUUUUGAUUUUUGAUUCUCUUUUGCAGUCAUUAA